AUGCUUGAGGAUUCCCUUGGUAGUAAUUCAAAAGAUAGAAUCGAUGAACAGAAUGAACUAAAAAGUGAGCGUGACCAAUAUCUUAAGAAUUAUCUUGAGAUUCAUACUAAAAAUUAUGAACUGGAACAAAAAAUUAAACAACUUGAAAAACUCGUUGAGAGAAUCAAACUUGAAGAAAUUCCUAAAAAAAAUUCUUUAUUAAAUAAAGUUUUCAAACUAUUUCGUACACAAAACGCGGAAUCCGCUAAGAAUUUGCUGCUGCAAAUAGACAAUUCUAACCUUGAAAAAAAGCUCAGAGAAAAUACCAAACAAUGUCAACAAUCCGAAAAUAAAUUGAAAAAACUUCGUGAAAAAUAUAACAAUGAUUCCAAAAAGAGUUCAAAGAUACAAAAUGAAAUUUCUGAACUUGAAGAAAAGCUCCGAGAAAGUUCCGAAAAAUGUCAACAAUCUAAUGAUAAUUUGACAAGACUUCGUGAAAAUAAUUCAAUCCUACAAAAAGAAAAUUCUAAACUCCAAAAAUUCAAAAAUAGUUUGUCAAAUAUAAGUAUUUCGCUGCAAAAAGAAAAUUCUGAACUCCAAGAUAAGCUCAGGGAAAAUUUCAAAAAAUAUCAACAAUCCGAAGAUAAUUUGACAAGACUUCGUAAUAAGUACGAUGAAUAUUUCAAAAAGCAUUCAAUGCUGCAACAAGAAAAUUCUAAACUCGAAGAGAAGUUCAGAGAAAAUUCCGAAAAAUGUCAGCAAUCCGAAGAUCAUUUAACGAGACUUCGUGAUGUACAUAACAAAAAGAAUUCAAUAAAAGAAAUUUCUGACAUCGAAGAAACUCCCGAAGAAAUUUCCGAAAAGGAUAAUCGAUCAGAUAAUUUGACAAAACUUCGUAGUGAACUUGAGGAAUAUUCCAGUGGACUUAAAGAAGAACUCGAAGAUUUGCGUAAAGAAAAAUCUUACCUCGAAGAAACGCUCGCAGGAAUUUCCGAAAAACAUAGGCAAUCCGAGACAAGACUUCGUAGCGAACUUGAUGAAUGUUCCAAUGAAAAUUCUGCGCUCAAAGAAAACCUCAAAGAAAUUUCCGAAACAUACGAACGAUCCAAAUUAGGACUCGAGGAGUUGCGUAAAGAAAAAUCUUACCUCGAAGAAACGCUCGCAGGAAUUUCCGAAAAACAUAGACAAUCCGAAGAUACUUUGACAAAACUUCAUAGCAAACUUGAGGAAUGUUCCAAUGGAAAAUCCGAACUUCAAGAAAAGUUUGAAAAACUUUCCAAAAAAUGUGAACAAUCCAAAGAAGAACUCGAAGAGUUGCGUAAAGAAAAAUCUUUGCACGAAAAAACGGUCAGAGAAAUUUCCGAAAAACAUAGACAAUCCGAAACGAGACUUCGUAGCGAACUUGAUGAAUGUUCCAAUGAAAAUUCUGCGCUCAAAGAAAACCUCAAAGAAAUUUCCGAAACAUACGAACGAUCCAAAUUAGGACUCGAGGAGUUGCGUAAAGAAAAAUCUUACCUCGAAGAAACGCUCGCAGGAAUUUCCGAAAAACAUAGACAAUCCGAAGAUACUUUGACAAAACUUCGUAGCGAACAUGAGGAAUGUUCCAAUGGAAAAUCUAAACUUCAAGAAAAGUUUGAAAAAAUUUCCAAAAAAUUUGAACAAUCCAAAGAACAACUCGAAGAGUUGCAUAAGGAAAAAUCUUUGCUCGAAGUAACGAUCAGAAAAAUUACCGAAAAUCAUAAACUAGAUUUAGAAAGAUUUGUAAUUCAAAAUGAAGUGAAAUAUGAAGACGUAUUGAAUAAGUUGUCACAAAAAGAUUCCAAAAUUCAUGAACUUCAGCAAAAAUUUGAUGAAACUAACAAGGGGAUAAAAGAUCUUAAAAAUGUAUUGGACAACAAAGAAAAAGAAAAGAGAGAACUUUUAGAGAAAAAUAGUAAACUUAAAACGGAAGCGUCUAAAUAUCAAGCCGCACUUGGUAAUGUGACAACUUUUCGGAUGAAUGAUGAUGAUAAAAACCACUCGGUUCAACUUGUAAAUGAUAUUUUAUCAUUACGGGACAUGUUGAAAACUUACGUCACAUCAUUAAAAGGUAAAAUAGAAAUCGAUACUUGCGAGAUUAACAAGCUUUUGAGAGAGCAUAAUAUCAAAACCACAAAACAAAUCGAUUAUUCGUUAAUUAAAGCGGUAUUGCAGUUCCAUACUUUAAUGAAAAUAAUGGAGAAUGUGAAAAUCUUUUUUAAGAAUUUUAGCAAUUCUUCAUCGGCAUUACAUCUUGAAGCAGAUAUCAUGUCCAAGUCAAAAACAUUGGAAGAAAGAUUAGUUGAAUUCUCUAAAACUCGAAAUGGAAAAGACUCGGUAACACAAACAACCUCAAUAAAAAUACGACAAGAAGUUAAUAUCGCUCUUAGUAAUCGAGGAUUUUCGGACGUUUUAAUUGGGAAUGACGUUCCGCGAGAGCACGAUUUCAUUAGUGAUUAUAAAGAUAUUUUAAAUGAAGAAAUGAAUAAGUAUCGUACGAUUAAAGAUCCGGCAAAGAAAAAAACCAUCGAGAAUUUGGCGCCGAAACUCAUCCGAGAAAUUAUUAGAUUAAUUUGGUUUCGGUUACAAAUUCAAGAGCCUGUUGCUCAAAUUGAAUGGGUACCCGUGGGUUCCGACAUAGAUCCAAACGUUAUGGAGGGAAUCUGGGACAGCGAAGAUAUUGAGCAUCUAGAAGUGGAAGUUUGUACUUUUCCGAUGAUUGGUCGAGAUUUGAAUAAUUUGGAGAAACGUGUAAUUUAUACUCAUGCUCAGGUAUUUACAAGAAACAAAUCUUUGAUGACGAAAACUUUAAAAAGGUUUGGAAUGCAAUAA